AUGGCAUCAUACAUGACCGGCAGCGAGGCCUUCGCCCGCGAGAAGCAAGGUGCCCAAGCCAACCCAGCACCCACGACAAACCUGGCAGACAAAUUCCGCGGCGCCACAAUCGAAGAUCUCGACCCUCCUCCCGCCCUCUCCAUCUCCCCCGACGACCUCAUCUCCACAGCUCUCCUGGCCGCCUUCGAGCGUGACUACACCCACCUGACCGUCAUCUCCGCCACCAAGCGCUCACUCCUGGGCUACCUCAGCAUCCCCCUCCUCAGGGAGCUCCUGCAGAGCAAGUCGGUGCAAGAUUCGGACCCGGUCUCCGCGGCAAUGCAGCGCUUCAACCGUAAGCGCGGAACUUACCAGACUAUCACGAUGGAAACAACGCUUGAGGACCUGCAGAAGUUCUUUGACGGGGAGACUCACCCCACCGGUGAGAAGCAGGACUUCGCCGUGGUCACGGAUCAACAGCGCAAGUUUGUGCUCGGUGUGGCUACACAGGAGGACUUGGAGGAGUUUGUCAAGCGUCGACCUACUUGA